GUUUUUUUGGUUAGACAUUGUAGGAAUGAAAAAUAAGGGAGAAAGGCUCACAUCAUACGUGUAGAAAGAGGAGUUUUGCAUUUUUGCCUAAAUAACUAACUCCCUAUAAAAAGGUUAGUAUAGCCUCCCUCUCUUUACAAACCAUGCAAACCAACACGUACUAUACGUACUCCAAAAAUAACAAAAUGAUCGGUCAUCUCCUUCUCAUGCUGCCACCUCUACUCCUCUCUUCCGUCGCCUUCUCGUCACCGUCUCCGUCCUCCUCCCCGCCGGUGUUUGACGUCAACGGUGACGUGCUCAUGCUCGGAAAGCCGUACUACGCAUUCUCCGGGGGCACUUUCCUACACCCACUCGGCUUAUGCCUACCCUACAACACCAACGGAUACACGGCGGCCAGGAACGACGUUGUCCAGUGCCCCUUCUUCAAGGAAGACUCACGUGGAUUCCCGAUCACCUUCUCGCCGAUAAAAGAUGACGACGACGGCGAUGACGAAAAAAGUCGCAUUGUCCGGGAGAACACGUUCUACAAGGUCCAGUUCUCCAUCGCCGGAAAAGACUCCGGCGACGGAGAAAAAGAGGACUGGGCCUCGAAGAAGAAACGAAGACGUUUCAGGCCCGCUUGGUACUUAAAGAGCGGAGAAUUUCCACACCAGAUGUUCGUGGCAGCAGGCCCAAAGUCUAUAUCGGCCCAGUUUGCGAUCAAGAGAGUGAGGCUUGGGUACAAGAUUGUUUACUGCGUUGAAAGUCAAUCAUCGGAUCGCUUUCCAACUUGCUAUUGGGCCGGGUUCAUUAAGAAUAAUGGGUAUAACCACCUGGGUAUCGGGCUAGGGGCUCUCCCGGUCCAGUUUUUCUUCAAGAAGGAGAAUGACACAUGUUUUAAAGAUAAACCAUGCACGUAGUUUGUAAAAUUAUACUACUACCCAGAGAGUCAGAGUAAAUAAAAAUUACUAAUUGUUCUGAUAAUAUACACUAAUUAUCAUGUGUGUAAAUGUGUGUAAUUUGUGUCUAUAUAUAAUUGUAUGUGUGACAAAAUAAAAAUUAGCAAAAAUGAUAAUCUUUGCAUUAUAUUAUAUUGUGUAUUAUUUUUGGUUUGUGAUUGAAGAUUAAGUAUUUUUCACAGAAAAA